AAAAUGUUGCAGAAAAUAAUUUGUAUUAUCCUUGUUAUUAAUUCAAUUAAUUCGUUUACUACUGCAAUUCAUAUUUCGGAAUAUAACGAAACAAAUACAGUUUCUUUAUUAAGAUCUCAGUUAACUGAGUUGAGAGCUGAACAGGGACAGGAACUUAAGAUUCUUCUAUCGGACAUGCAGUUUAUGAAAACGGAACUUGAACUACUAAAAAAAUAUAUAAAUGUUGUGGUAUCGGAUAAUCAAUGUAGAGCAGAGACCGAAAAACAGAAAAAAGAUAUAACUGAUAGGGAAACAAAAAUUCGAUCACUGAAAGCAGAUAUACAAUUAUUAAGAACGGAGUUGGAGAACCAAAAGAAAAGUGUACUUGACCAGGAGUCUAAUAUCCAAUUGCUUAAAACUGAAAAUCAACUUCUUAGAGUGGAGCAUGAGCGUAAUAGAAAGUUACUUCUCCCACACAAUUGUGCAGAAGCCAAGUCUAGUGGAAUUAAUGAAAUACUCCUACAAAAAUUUAGUAGUCAACCUUUUAAAGUUGCCUGCGAUGCGGAAACUCAAGGAGGAGGUUGGACCAUUAUCCUGAGAAGGAUGGAUGGUAGUGUAAACUUUUAUAGAAACUGGACGGAAUAUAAAAAUGGAUUUGGUGAUCUGGACGGCGAGUUCUUCAUGGGCUUAGAUAAGGUGCAUGAAAUAACGGCAGAAAGAAGACAAGAGUUACUUGUCCUUCUCGAGGACUUCGAGGGCAAUAAAACGUUUGAGAAGUACGAGAAAUUCGCAAUUGGAAACGAGGCUCAACAAUAUGAAUUACACACUUUGGGAGAUGCCAGUGGAACUGCAGAUGAUUCAUUCUCACAUCAUCGUGGCAGCAAAUUUUCUACAUUCGAUCGGGAUAAUGAUAGUAUAUCGGAUAAAAACUGCGCCGAACUAAGGACUGGCGCCUGGUGGUACCGUUCCUACGGUUCUUGUCAAUUGUGCCAAUUAACGGGAACAUACGGAAACAACGAUUAUGACAAAGGCGUCAAUUGGCACCACUUUCGGGGAUCUUAUUACUCCCUGAAGAAAGCCGUUAUGAUGAUUCGGCCCAGAAAGUGAAUUCCUAAGUCUUAAAAGCAGUUUCUUUAUUAUAUGCAUUUAUUUCUAGAGGAUUUAAAUAAAAACCAUUGUCAUU